AUGUCUUCAAAAAGAGGCAUGCCUGGACCCAGCACAAGAGGCCGUCCCACUGUGUUGCAUGGAGCAGGGGCACUGGAUGGUGAUCCCUUUGACAUUUCAGGCGCAGGGUGGGCGAGUCUCGAAAAUAAGUUUAAUGAACUACUCCGCUUGAUGGACGCGCCGGCCAAUGGGAUAAAUGCAUUGGCAGCCCGUUCCGCCCACGGCGAUCGUGUAGCUAGUGUCAUUGUCCAAUUGCUGGACCGAGCCCAGGAGGAGAGCCGCAGGCUUCUGGUGGAGGGGGACGGCGAGGGGGCAGCUGAGGCAGGUGUCAAAACGCUGCGUUUAAAGGAACGGUUUUACGGAAGAACAAGUGUGAAGCUACUUCCAGCCUACUUUCACCUGGCGCGCACCAACCAGUUUUUAGAACGUUAUGGAAACGCGGAGGAAAUGUUGUCACUUGCCCACUCUAUUGUCCUUAACCACCCGCAGGACGUUGACACAGCAAUGAAAGCGGAACUUCAUCAGGCAUUUGGGCUCUUGUACGCUGCUGAUAAUAAACUUGAAGCCGCUGUACAGCAUUUGACAGCUGCCACGUACUAUCUGAGCGUUAUGAAUGGACCGGAGAACAUAUUGACAGCCUUUGGGUAUUUUGACCUGGCCAAUGUGUUUGCGACAAAGGCAAGUAUGGAAGGAGCAAUGGCGCUUUACGACACGGUAAAGAACAUUUGGUUGGAACACCUGCGAGGUCUCCUGAAGGCUAUUGUGGAGGAAACCCUAGCAGCAAGGUCCGUCAAGCGCUACGAGGACGAUGAGGUUGUGCAGGACACGGGAUAUUCCUCUGCGAAGGCCUUUGGAAAGGAAAAUUUAGCCGACGUUUCUAAGAUGUUGCAUGCCAUUUAUAACAUUCAGAAAGAUCGCUUCACCACCUUGCACCCGACGACAGCACGAGCAGAGUUUGUGCUUGGCCUAUUUCUUCUUUGGGUAAGUAAAAAAGGGGAGGCGGCGCAUCAUCUGCAAACGGCACGGGCGACGUCGCAACAUUUCUACGGUGAGCGGCAUCCAGUAGUACAGGAAAUAGAAGAGUGGUGCGAGUGGUUUGAAAUACCCUUGACGGAAAGCAAAUAA